AUGGUUCUUUUGGUCUAUGUGGAUGAUGUUUUGAUAGCUUGCAAUGACAAGAUUGAAGUGGAUAGAUUUAAAGUCAUGUUAGAUGAUAAGUUUAAACUUAAAGAUUUGGGUGAUUUGAAAUAUUUCCUUGGUUUGGAGGUUGCAAGAUCAGACAAAGGAAUUGCUCUUUGUCAAAGGAAAUACACUCUUGAACUACUCAAUGAUGUUGGACUGCUUGGCUGUAAGUAUGCUAAAACUCCUAUGGAGCACAACUUAAAGCUAAGCAAAUUUGAAGGAGAAGAGCUUAAAGAUCCCAGUCACUAUAGAAGGUUUGUGGGUAGGCUCUUGUACUUAAUGAUCACAAGACCUGACAUGACAUUUGCUAUCCAUAAACUCAGUCAGUUUAUGUCCAAGCCAAGGAGACCACAUCUGGAUGCAGCACAUAGAGUGUUGCAGUAUUUGAAGGGUGAACCAGGCAAAGGACUCAUGUUUUCUUCUAGCACAGACUUGCACUUAAAAGGAUUUGCAGAUGCAGAUUGGGCUGCAUGUCCUGACACUAGGAGAUUAGUGAUUGGGUAUAUCAUCUUCAUUGGUAAUUCUUUGGAGUCCUGGAAGUCUAAGAAGCAGUCUACAGUAUCAAGAUCCUCAACUGAAGCUGAGUACAGAUCCAUGGCAGUGGCAACAUGUGAGAUAGUGUGGAUUUUGUACUUUCUCAAGGAUAUUGGAGUGAAUCAUGAAAAGGAGGCCUUGUUAUUCUAUGAUAGUCAAGCUGCAUCGCACAUUGGCUCUAAUCCAGUCUUUCAUGAGAGGACAAAACAUAUAUAA